CUAUCGUUUAUUGUUGCUUCUGAUUACUGUUGAAAAGCAUACGUCGUACACUGCUCAGGUUUCAGUACCACCCAGCUCAGUGCCCUUUGCCCCAGACGGUGUGUAUCACCAGAGCAGAGACUGCUGUAAAUCUCCCGCAUUGAACCUUGCAAUCAGGGUCUCUCAAAGGAGAGGAUUUAUUACUCAUCUCUAGGCCUCAAGCUCUGACCUGCACAGACAUGAGCCAAAAGGGCACCUCCAUUCAGGAUCAGCUUAAGAGUUACUAUGGGAAACGACUGAAAAGCUCAGAAGAUUUGAAAACUGAUGUUGCCUGCUCUAAAACAUAUGUCUCCCUCAGUAAAUCAGCUACUCACGCCAUGAGACUCAUCCACCCAGAGGUUACUCAAAGGUAUUUCGGAUGUGGGCUCGUGGUGCCAGAAAGCCUGGAAAGUUGUUCCGUGUUGGACCUGGGAAGCGGGUCUGGGCGGGACUGCUAUGUCCUGAGCAAGUUGGUAGGACCGAAUGGUCAUGUCACAGGAGUAGACAUGACAGAUGAGCAGGUUCAACUCGCCCGCAAAUACAUCUCAUAUCAUCAGGAGAAAUUUGGUUUCAGGGAAACAAACAUAGAGUUUAUCCAGGGAUACAUCGAGAAGCUUGGAGACGCUGGGAUUCAGUACAACAAAUUUGAUGUUCUGGUUUCAAACUGUGUGAUCUGCCUGUGCCCAGAUAAGAAGGCAGUCUUUGCAGAGGCCUAUCGGAUCCUUAAGGAAGGUGGAGAAAUGUACUUCAGUGACAUGUAUGCGAGUGAGCCUGUGGAUGAAAAACUGAAGGAGGAUUCAGUGCUUUGGGGGGAGGGGCUGGCAGGCGCUCUCUACUGGAAGGAGCUGAUCAGUCUGGUGAAGGAGCUUGGAUUCAGCACACCAUAUCUUGUCGCUGCAAAUCACAUUGAAAUCCAUAAAGCUGAUCUCCUCCAAAAGACUGGAGAUGUGAAAUAUGCAUCUGGAACAUAUCGAUUUUUCAAGCUCCCUUCUGAUGGAAGUGACAAGGGAGCUUGGGCCACGUAUAAAGGGACAGUUACUGACCAUGAGGAGAAGCUGAUAUUUGACUCUGUUCACACUUUUGAAAAGGAUAAAGCAGUGGCAGUGGAUGGGGAGCUGGCCUUGGUACUGAAGACCUCACGUUUCGCCUCUCACUUCAUUGUUCAACCCAAUGACUGUGAGGUACCAAUAAAAGAUGGACCUCAGCAGUAUUGCCACCUGAAUCCCUUCCUGUUGGCUGAUAAACUGGGAUCAUCAAUUCAGAAAUGCUCCAAGAAUCAAAAAGAUAAUCCUUGUGAACAUCAAACUGAAGUGACAAGAAAAUGUGGAGAAACAAAAGAGCUAACUACAUGUGCAAAAUCUUAAUGAAGACAUCUCAUUGCUGCAGGUUCAACAAGCUUGAAUUUUAAAAAGCCAUAGAAGAAAACAAAGUUGUAGUAUUGUCUCCUGUUUUGAGACUUUACCUUUCUGACCUUCAUUUGUUUGUCAUGAGAAGAGGGAAGACAGGUGACUUUAUUUGUUCCCACAUUGUCCUGAUAGUGGUAAAAGUGGACUAUCAAUUUUUGACUUCUGUCAUGACUUUUAAUAUCUUGGACACCUCAUUUUAAAAUACUUAAAAGACUUAAAUAUAUGUUUUUUUUAAAAUUAAAAAGAAACACUGACUUAUGAUGGCCACAAUAAUUAUCAGAUCACUGGUUGAGCCAAAUCAUGAAAUCAUCAAUCAACAAGACCCAGUCUGAACUGAAACUAAUAAGAUUGAUUGCUCAGAUCUAUAUCCUGUUUGAUUUACCUCAUUCUGGAAGUUUCACAAGUUAGGAUGAAAGCCACUUGAGGAUUAUUCAGAUUGAACACAGCAAUGAAGGAAUACAUAAGGGAAUCACAUUUAAGAUAGGUAUCAUUAAUCAGGGACUAAGAGAGGGUAAACUGAUUCAUAACACCAGAACAGGAAGGCUUGCUUUGCCUUUCUCCCUGCUUCACUUAGUCUCUCUUGAAAGACAAUGCCCAGUGUUAAAAGCAAAUUGGAGAAAAUACAUUCACCCAGGACAGAAAGAUAUCCACAAAUUUUGCUGCAGUUGAGAAUAUGAAACAUCAACUAAAUAAAAGGGUUACACAAGAAACAUAACUCCUUAAGGACAUUUCAAACUGUAUACACUUGAACUUCCUUCUUCAUACUAGACACUCUCCCUUUUAAAAUGUUAUACCUAAGCUUGUGUUUGUGCUUGCUGUCUCAUGUAACUUUUCUU